GAUUGCGCUCAUAGGGUCUUGUUGCACGAGUGGGUGAGGUCUCUCUCUCAGGCGCAGUUCUUGUGAGAGUUUGUGAUUUUUGCAGUGUGAACCGCAGAGCUCCUCACAGUGGACAAUCAAUUACAAUGCAUAAAAUGCCUCUACUGUACGCGCAAUCCCGAGCAAGAGUCUCCGCCAACAGUGCUCGGCGUUGGCGAAACGCGCACUUUUGAAGGGAGUUGACCACCGCUCACCACAGCAGAAAAGAUGCCCUUCUGUAAGAGGACCAUAGUCCCGAAAGAUGUGUGCCGGAGUCGCGGCGCGGUGCUGACGGAUCUGGUGGAUGUGUGCGGCUUGACUCUAUGCGCGGUGCUCCGGCAGCUGUCGGAUUUAUCCCGGCAGUCGGUGAGCAUCCUGGAGGAGCUGGAGGGAGAGCUCGCCUCCAUCUGCUACCGCUCCGGAGCGCUGGAGAAUAAACUUACCAACCUGCAGAAACACAUCGCAGCGCUGGCUACCAAGCCGCCGGCCAAAACCGCCACCAACUUGGACUCGGAGAGCAAGCGAACGGCCCACUUCCAAUCGUCAUGGCAACAGCAUGUGAAUGUGUUCGGCUCGUGGAGUAGGCCGGAGUGUGUGCAGGAGCUGCACCAGGAGGCUCAGCUCAACCUACAGAGUCUGCUGCAAGAUUUCGAGGAGCAGUUGUAUGAUAACAGAGUGACAGGACAGACAUUCAAACACCCUUCCUCUCAGAGCUCUGAGGACACGUCAACAACUCUCAGCCGGUCGCCUUCCUCACUCAACAACAAGAAGACGGAGUUCGUCUUUGUGCCUGCAAAUAAGCAGGUGUGUGAGGAUGAGACCACAACUUUAGGGGUCCGGGCGCAGGACCCGAGCCCUUGCGCUUCAGAGAAGUCUCUUCUAGGCUGGAAUGCUGCACUGAGUCCACCUGUUGCAGAGAAACCUCGCUGGUACCUAGGCCGACAAACUCCAGCUCAGCUUGUACCCAUUGAGAUCACAGGCCAGAGCUUUGAUAAGCACGCCGCACGGCACAGCGAACUGCGGGCCACCAUUAGAACUGAUUCAGCGGUCAACCCAAAAACCAUUCGCCGCCCGAGGAGUGUGGUUGCAGGCCCUGAUGUCACGCUGCACUGCCAAGGGGACAGCAAAAUUCUUGCUGUUGAUUUAAUACAAGGUGCCUGUUCCCCUGGAUCGUCUCAACCUAGAUCUUUGGAGCCUACCACAGAGAAUACAGGCCAACAACAUAUUCCUCUUCGAAAGACUCAGAGUGACCUGGAGUACAGCAUACCCCCAUCCCCAAAAACCCCAUCAGGCAUGAUGGAUCAUGCCACUCUAAUGUGCCCAAGCCCUUCCUGGAAUGGCCCAAAAGGUUCCACUUUCUCUCCCUCCUGGAGUGACUCCUACAACUAUGCCUUGGUUACCAGCCCUGCUUCCAAGCAGCCAGUGACUAAAACUGGAAUGUUAACACCUGGAGGUGAUGGAGGAGGUCUAAUCUGUCCAUCUCAGACUAGUUCAGGCCUCUCCAUGAGUUCAGGGUCACACUCCAGUUCUUUUACCUCUAUCUCUGAACCAUGUGGGCACAGAGUAUACACAGUGUCCACGCAGGGGAGUGGAGUUGUUACAGGGAAAGGGAAAAAUACUGAGGUGGCAGCUUCUACUACAGUCACAAGAAAUAGCAAAAGUGAACAGGAAAAGAGAUCAGCCCGAUCCAGCAUCUUCAGGUUCCGUGAGCGUUCACUUUCAACACCAACAGACUCUGGAUCAUUUUGCUCAGCAGAUAAUAUAUGUUCUCCAGGCGAGCCUGUCUCUGUUGUUCCAGAGGGUGAAAGUUAUGCCUUGCUCUAUCCGAGCAACAGCUCGGAGGAUAGCACGAGCACUGAUAAUGUUUCUGUGACCACAGGUUCAGACUUUCUUCCUGAUGGUCGACUGAGGUCACGUUCACGCAGUAUCUCACUAAAGAAAUCUAAGAAAAAGCCACCACCUCCUGUACGUAGUGUAUCUCUGAUGAAAAACCUAUCAGAGAUCAGAGGAAUGGGCUCCUACCACAAUGAAGGACACUUCAGGGACGGCAGACCUAAGAGUCUUUUUAUUCCUCGAGAUAUUCAAGAUCCAUUCCAGCCUGAGUUCCUAAUUGCCAAGCCUGAGGAUGACACAGAUCAGGCUCAUAGCAGCUUAGAGACAUCUUCUGAUAUUUCUCAGCCUGCUGACAGAGAAACAGAGCUUGGGUUUCCUCCUCACUGGCAGCUCAAUGAGUGGAAGUACAACAAUGAUCCUUACCGGUCAUUGUCAGGUUCAAGCACAGCCACAGGUACCACAGUCAUUGAGUGCAUGAAGGUGCGGGGAAGUUCAGAAUCUCUGAAUUCCCCCUCAACUUCAAGAGCCACAUCUCCAUCUCAGCUGUCAAUUGAGGCUGAGACCAAGGUAUCCCCUUUUAAACCCCCAUGCCUCAUGUCACCAUCCAGUGGCUACUCAAGCCAGUCUGAAACUCCAACCCCAACUAUAUCAAACACCCUUCUUACUGGACCUUCUCCAAUUGGCUGCAAGAUGCGGCCAAAGAUUCCAGAGCGUAAAUCUUCCCUACCAGCUUCUGCGAAGGACAAAUCACGCUCACGUCUUUCAUUUGAACUACCUGCAAAUGCUCAGUUGGAUCUGUCCUUUGUCAAACCCAAGCCUAAAGCCAGUAGACGUCACUCUGACACAUCUACAGCCAACAAACCAGGUAAACUAAGCCCCAGUCAGUCUUCACUACCUAUGGUAACCACAACAGAUUUGCGAAAUAUCCGCCUUCGUUCAGUAAGCCGCUCAGAACUUGAGGACAGUCCUGAUGGCUCCUCUGACAUUAUAGAAGAAGAGCAAAGUCGAGAUCUCAGCCCUCCUAUUACCCCUUCUAAUACAAAACAGUCAAAGCCACCAGUAGCAAUGAAGCCACCUCUCCCUAAGCGACCCAUAAACUUAACACUUAAAUCUCCCUCAUCCUCCCCAUUGACACCUGAAUCUCCUCCAUCCUCCCCCGUGGACCGCCCCAUGCCUGUUGGUAAUAUUUAUAUGGUUGUAAGAAAACCCAAACCUAAGCGACCAGCUCAGGCAUCACUCAGCACAUCUGCAAUAGUCCCACAAGAGCCAUUCCGCAGCCAUGUAUCUCCUCUUCCAGAGUUUGACCUGGAGCAUGGGAUUCCCAUUGAAGAAGAUCUUCCAUCCCCAAGUAGCCCAGAAAGAGAGGACAAAAGUAAAACUCUUCCAAGUAGAAUGACAAUAUCCUGUUUGGCAGAAUUAGACAAAAGGAAGCCCAAGGUACCACCGCCAGUACCAAAAAAACCCAGUGUCCUUUUACUUCCCUCUCCAAGCAUCCAGACCAAUGGUGGGGCAGAGAGGCAAACUCUACUUUCAGAAAGCAUCUCUCAGUCACCUACUGGUACAUCAGCAUCUGAAAUUGAGGGAGAUUUGCUUAAAGAUGAAGAGCAAGAUGAUUCUGCAAAGCAAGUUUCACAUGAAAACCAUAACAUUUCUGAAAGUUAUGAGAUCUUUGGGAAUCAGGAGAAUGAUGUAGUAGUUGAAGAAUACAGUUCAGAAGACAGGGGUUCUCAUCAUUUUAUGGAGAGAGAGACACCUCCAGCAGAGAUAGUAACAGAAACUUACACAGAAACAGAAAUACUGGAAGAGAACAACUCUGCAGUUGACAAGACUGAACUACACAUUACAGAGGAAACAGAGGAUGAAGUAUUUGUCAACACACCCACAACUCACACCACUGAAGAUCUCUUCACCAUCAUACACAGGUCAAAGAGAAAAGUUCUUGGUCGAAAGGAACCAACAGAUUCUUUUGGAAGAAGUCAGUGUCUGGUCUCACCUGUAAAAAGCAGUAGUACAGACCUCAGAACUCUGGGCCUCGGGACCACGCCUCGGUCAAGCUCACGAAAUGAAAACUUUAUGGCUCUCCUCCAAAAGAGGAGCAGCAAAGCUAGCAGUGGGACCAGAGUUUCUGCUAUGGAGUUGCUGAAGAGCACAAACCCUUUGGCACGACGAGUCACAGAAUUCUCUCAGUCACAACCAGAUGGGAGCGCAAUGAACACACCUAAACCAUCUCCGCAGGACCAGUGAUUCCACUUGUACAGAACCACAUGCUGGAAAUCAAUAAGCUGGAUUUCCAUUGUGCUCCACUGUCCAUCUAAAUGGCUUCAUUAUCAAAGACCUUAUGCUGAAGGACUUUAAGUGAUUUUGAGUUGUUGCUUUCAGGCAAGGGGAUCACAUUUGAUGGUUUAAAAUUGUUGUGGAGUAUAGACAGUAGCAAAGGAAUCUGAGCCCACCACUGCUAAAAAAUUCUGGUGAUAUGAAAGUGAAACAACAUAUUUUCAGACUUUUUAGGACCCAGCCAAUAUUUGUGGCCAAAGCAUGCUCUGUCCAUUUCAGUGGUGGACCAUAAAGUGUCUUAGUAGGAUAAUUGUGUAUUAAAAGACUGCACAAACUCGCACAGACAGAGGAGUGUAAACAUUCCACAGAGGUUGUAAGCAAGGUCUGGUACCCCUUAAAUUGAAGCACUUUCACCAGUACAGGAAGUAGUUUACAAGACAAAAAGCUAUAUUUGUUAUUUUCUUUUUUUUUUCAAAAGAUAUGAAAGGCCAUAUAAAUGUAUUCUUGAGUUUAUUUAAUCUGUACAAAUAUAUGUAUACAAUAUAUAUAUAUAUAUAUA